AUGUUUAUUUAUUAUUUAUUAACAAUAACUCUAGCAGCAUUGCCAAAUGCAAACUUAUCUAUUGGUCCAUUACUGCAGUCAUAUGCCGAUGAUGAAGAUUUAGAUCAAAUCGUUUAUGUUCAUGAAAAAGUACUUUAGAAUUUUGAUUAUGCAUCAUUCCCAUCCUUAUCUUGUUGUCCAAAUAACGUUACGAAAUUUCGAGUGAUGAAUUUAAACAAACAAGGAUCAAAUAUAUAACGAUUUAAUCUCCCCUUUUAUAUUGAGAAUCUUGGGGAGGAACCUUUGUCAAUUGAGUGGCUAAAUAUUACAGAGGAACUUUCAGAUUAGGAUAUUUAAGUUCAAGUCAAUUAUCAAAAAGAUUUUAAAAUUGCCUAAGGCUUUGAUAACUAUCUGGGAUUGAACAUAACACAUUUGUGUUGGAAAACACUAAAUAAUGACAGAUAUUGGAGCAUAAAACGAGUUACGCUGUAGUUUGAAGGAUUUGAUCCCGUGGUAUUUAAUUACCAAUUUUUAUGCGGCAAAGAUUAUUAUCCUGUAAGGUACUUAGUUUAUUUAGUUAGAUUUGAUUGGAGCAAUAUUAUCCUGAUUAUAUUUGAAAGUUUGAUGAUUUUAGUUCUUUCAAUGUUCGGAAAGAUUUACGCAUUUAAGGUUGUUUUCAUAACGAAGCAGUUGAGAAAUGAAUUACCUCAAGAGAAAUUAGAUAAGAUCGCUUAAGAGAGUUCUCCAUUUUAAGGGUUUUUGUUGGGAUGGCCACAGGCAUUAUUCUAUAUGAGUCUUUUAAUUGGAGCCUUGUUCAUCUCAUUGUAUUUGUAGGAGAAGGCUGAGUAACCAAUAUAAAUCAUAGUGUACAUUCUAUGUGUGUUCUGUGCAAUUCACUUUAUAGAUGAGUUGUUUUGUGCUUUUAGAAAAAGAGUUCCGUUUUUUGUUCAGACCAUUUAUUAUUUUAGAUAUUGUGAUAUUUUUGCUUUAUUAGUGGGUGUUGCUUUGUUUGCAGUAUACUUGGCUACGGAAUAAAUUUGGAUUGUAAAUAAAUUAUGUUAUGUAGUUAAGCAAUUUAAUUUCAAUUUGUAUUCUUGGCUCACUUAUCAAAUUAUUCAAGAUUACCUCUCUCAAAGAUUGCUUAUUGUUUUUCCUGCCUAUAAUGGCUAUGGAUUUAUUUUGUUCAAUCUAUAUGGCAAUGACCAUAAGAUAUGAAUGGGAUAGUUUGAUUCUAAGAUAUUUCAACACUCCCUUAUCUGCAUAGAUUCCAUACUUUAGAUACAUUUACAAAAAGAAAUGCGCAUGGGUUUCGAUAUUCAAUAUCCUAUUUCCAGGUUAAAAUCUCAUUCAUAUUAGGUUUCUUCCUUGCAUAUGUGCAUAGAUUUGAUAGAUUAAAAAAAACAUUUGUAUAUGAAAUAGUCAGUUUUUUUGGAUUAUUGAUAGGUUUAGUUCUUUGGGUUAUUGUUUAGUAUCUGAUAUCAUUUCCUCUGCCUACGUAAUCUAAUUAGAUAUAAUUAAUAGAUCAAUAUUUACAGAAGUCUUAAUGAUUUCAGCUUGCACACUAAUUGCAUUUAGAAGAAAUGAAUUGAAUCUAUUUUGGAGUGGUAAUUUUUAUGAUGAGAUCCUACUUGAUCCAUUUAAAAAUGAAAUGGAUAAAAAGUCAGUCAAAUUGAUAAGCUUUUUUAACAUUGGGGUCUCUUAGGACUUGAAAAAGAAGUAUGCACUCAAUUCUGGGACAGAGUAACCAGCAGCUGUUUAUGAACCUUUUGAAUUAGUAAAGGCAAAUUAGGAUGGUGAGUUGAAAUUAGAUUCCAUUCUAUUUGAAGGCUUGUAAUCAUUUUAAGAGAUAUAUACAACACACAACUAAACCUACGGAAAUAACAACACUUUGGUAGAGAAUCAAAAAUAAUAAUAAGAAAUUUAAACUGAUCUCAAAGAAAAGAAGGACACUGCUUUAGUUGACUCUAUAAUAUAGAAUAGUCAAGAGAAUCAACCUCUUAUCAAUAGAGAUAAGAAUGAUGCUAAGGUAGAGUAUCAAUAACAGGAUCAAUAGAACAAUAAUGAUCUCAAUCAAAAAGGUAAAAAUGAGGAGGCAACCAAAAUUAAUAAUGAAUCUAACACAUCUCCUGAUGUUCUAAAGCAGAAAUCUUUGGGAAAAAAGAUAGUAGUGUAUAUUGAGAGUAAAAAGCUUGAGGAAGUAAUUAUAGAAACUCCAAUUAUUUAAUCUAGGAAUAAUGAAAAAUAAUCUUAGAAUAAUGAACCAAACAAGAAAUAACAACAAUCUGACAUUUAAAUUGAAAUUAGUGAAUAAUAAAAGGUAGCUUAGGCAAAUCAAAAUAAAUAGAAUAAUCAAUAAGAUAAAGUGGAUAAAGCUGAGCAAAAAUAAAAUCAAUAAUAAUAAAAUAAUAAGGUUUUCACUUCACCUGCUCGAUAAAAGUAUUAGGUUGACCCUCCAAAAGCUAAGGAACCUUAAGUUGACCGCUUUAAAUAAAAGUAAUAACUAAGGCAAUAGAAUGACAAUUUUAAAAAAAACUUAGAGUUCUUCCAAAAUCAAGAAAAAGCAGGAAAUUUUAAGGCUCCUGUUAAAAAAUGA